AUGGACGACCGCUCGGACCACUCCGAGGACGACAGCGGAGAUGAGGAAAGCCUGGGCACGACCCGGGCCUCCGACCACCAGAUGCGGGAGGACGCUGCGGAGCCGGAGCCGGAGCCCGCGGCGGAGGAGGGCGCCGCCGAGAGCCCGGCGGCCUCCGAGGCCCGGAGCGAGGCCCGGCUGGACGGAGCCGGGGCCGAGGAGCCGGCCGAGCCCGCCGCCGCCGCCGAGGCGGAGCGGGAGACGGACGCGUACCCGCGGGGCUCCCUGCCGCUGACCACCAUCGCCGAGGAGGCCGCCCCGGAGGCGCCCAAGCGCGGCGAGGAGGGCCGGCGCUCCGUGGCGGCCGCCGAGGACGAGGAGUGGUCGGAGGAGGAGAAGAGGCAGCAGGAGCAGCAGCUCCGCCGCGAGCUCCUGGACCAGUACCACAUCCUGCUGAUGGAGCGCAACCGCUACCGGCGCUACAACGCCUUCCUGCAGCACCGCAUCUGCGAGUCCCUGCGCAAGAAGAAGGGCCUGGAGGCGGCCGAGACGCCCGAGAAGGCGGCCGAGCCCGAGGCCCCCGAGAAGGAGCAGGCCUACCUGCACUACCUGGCUAUCCUGGAGGAGCUGAAGAAGCAGGAGGCGGACGACCUGGUGUGGUACCAGCAGGAGGUGGGCCAGCUGAAGCAGCAGUGCCAGGACAAGCUGGCCCGGGUGGAGAAGGAGUGGCGCCGCUUCCAGGCGCUCAAGAAGCAAGUGGUGCUGCAGGUGAUGGGCAGCUGCCGCCUGCGGGGCGGGCGCCAGGCCGCCCUGCGGGAGGUGGAGCAGAUCCAGGCGCUGGAGGACCGGAAGGAGAAGGAGAUGAGCGCCGUGCGGCUGGAGAACGUGCAGCUGAAGCAGAGCCUGACGCACUUCCAAACCAGGAUGAGGGCCCAGGAGGACCUGUCGGAGGGCCUGCUGCUCAUCGACUUCGAGCAGCUCAAGAUCGAGAACCAGACCUUCAACGAGAAGGUGGAGGAGCGCAACGAGGAGCUGUUGAAGCUGCGCAACAAGGUGACCACCAACGUGCAGACCAUCACGCACGUGAAGGAAAAGCUGCACUACAUCGACAUGGAGAAUGCGUGCAAAAAGACACAGCUCCUGGAAAUCGAGUCCCAGGUGUCCCUCGGAAGGGACAUCCUGACCCGGACCAAGCAGGCCCGAGACAGCCUGCGGACCGACAACAUCAAGCUCAGCCAGAGGAGCGGGCUCCUGGGGAAGAAAUCCCUCCUCCGGGAUCUGGAAGCAAAGGUGGACCAGACUGAGAUGCUCAACCGGCGCCUGGAGUCCCUGAAGCGCCACCACGCGGGCCUCACGCUGUCCUGCAAAGGCGUGAGGCACAAGAUCCGCGAGGCCAAGGCCUUCCUCCGCUCGUGA